GGCUAGUAGCAAACUCAGACCCAUGGCGGGAGUCUUUGAUGAAGGGAAGAACCACAAGAACAUGCUACUGGACUUCCGUACGGCUUUCCGUGGAAGCGUGUUUGAGAGGUAUCAUGUUCUCCCAAUCCAAGUGGCCACUCUGGAGGCAUUCAGUGAUGUGGAUGAUGGAAACUUCUUCUGGGAGUUAUGUGAGUUCCUGCAGUACGGAGAAAAUGCCGAUCUGCUGAAGAGAGAUGACGACGCUUUUGUCAACAAGUUCAGUAAAGAGAUCAGAGCAGAUUUGCACAGCCCAGAUACGUCGAUGCAACGUGCCUUCGUCGACAUGACUAAAGCUUUCGCAAACGAAUCGCCCGAACUCUUUGAGGAGCUCUUAGAGAAAGCAAAUGCUGAGUACUUUUCGGAUUUCGACUACGAUGACCCAAUCUGUACCGAGUUGGAGAUCAAAUUGAGAGAGCUUGCACUGUUGCACUCAAACGAUUACUUGGCGAAAAUCUUUCAUCGGUCGGGGAUGGAGGUUGGUCACGAGAGCGACAUGGAUCUUGCCAUCAAAAUGUUUGACUUGUGCACAAAUGCGCAGCCGCUCGACGCUUUGGAAAGAAGGAUGCGCAUUCUGGUGACUGAGGUGCACCUUAUCGAUUUUGAUGCGGUGGGGGUGGGUGGCAAACACUUUCCCUUGCGGAUGCUCAUGCUUAAUCUGACUGAUGAUGGCUAUGAAGACCAUGGCUGGUUUGCCGAGGUGCGAGAUCGUGAGACAGACAUCCUGGUCGCUAGAGCCUAUGAGUCGGCCCUGAUGGAAGAGACAUUGGGUCUGAUGGAGCAGACACGACUCGAUAUCGUCGCUGCGGACGUUGUUGAGCAACGCUAUGAGCCGCAUGGAGACGUUCCGACAUUGCAAAGGACAUCAGGGUAUUUCAAUGACCGUAGCUGGAAGGAGCCCGACGGGUACGACUUCCAGUGGUGUGACGAUGGCUUCUGUGAGCGUGCUGGCCGCCAAAGAAAAGUGUUCUCAAAACUGCUACCUGAGGAGAGGAAACUUGUAGUGGAAGACUUAGUUCGUCUCCGGAAGAACUCCUUUUCCAGGUCACACGACCAUUCUAUUUCCUAUUCUAGUGCUUUGGAGUUCGAGCGGUUAAUUCCUGUUGCUGCCAUGUUGUCCUCUCUCCAUUUUCGGGAAAUUUUCGCUAAACGCACUCGCCCUUGCGACCAUUUCGACUCCGUUGUGAGGAGGUUUGAGCUCCGUACAUCAACACUGGACGAGUCUCGGAAAAGAGACCUUGUACAAAACGUCAAUGGCUUUCGUGGGGUCUUCAAAGGAACUUGUUGGGAGCAAUUACCUGACGACUUGAUUACUUGGAUACUGAGUCAUGUCGUGCGGCCCCAACGACACCUAUUCAGACCACCUGAAUAGGGGAGAGAGAGAGAGAGAGAGAGAGAGAGAGAGAGAGAGAGAGAGAG